CCUCAAAAAGUCAUGUGUAAACAUAUCAGAUGGUAUAUAUUUGGCAGACGUGAUUGGAUCGAUCGAGGCUAGAGUGCCUAGAGUUUUUAAAGUGUGACUAUAGCUGUUAUUGUUAUAAAACUCAUAUCCUAUUGUAUUAAAUAUGGCAGACACAGAGGAAUACUUUCCACGAGGUGGAAAAAAGCCCACAACUACAUACUUCAAGCAAAGCGCUAAUUUUCUAGGUGCGCCUGAAAAAGGAGAAAAGAAAAGAAAGAAGCUAAAAAAGCCGGCUGAUGGUGACGAUGGUUAUUUAUCUGAUGAAGGAACGAAAGAAAUCGAUAUUGCAUUCAGGCAUUGCGCUCAUGGUCUCAGCUACAAGACGGUUAAAGAAGGUUUGUUAAUAUUAGGUAGGGUUAAAGAUAUUUUUGACACAAAGCUUGUAAUCAGCCUGCCAUGCCGCCUCAUCGGGUCCGUCAUGGCGUGUCACAUCAGUGAAGCAUACAAUAAAUUACUAGAAGAGUAUGUUAAUGACAAGUCAGAAAAAAUUGUGGAAUUGGAUAAGAUGUUCCGGCUCGGUCAGUAUGUAGCCGUGAAGGUGUUAGAGGUGCAAGGUGUCAGUCUGAUGCUGUCCAUGAUGCCUCAGCAUGUAAACGGACAGAAGACGCAUGUAGACUUACAAAAGGGCUCACUCAUUCAAGCUGCUGUGUCGUCAGUUGAGGAUCAUGGAUAUGUGAUGGACGUUGGUAUCGACAACACGCGAGCGUUUCUACCCAAAAGCAACACAAACCCAGAGAUAGAACUAGAUGUGGGCAUGAUCUGCUGGUGCAGUGUGAAGGCCGCGCCCUCAGCGGCUGGCGGCGUGGUGACGCUGUCCAACGAGCUGGUGGCGCUGCAGAACUCCUGGCUGCGGAAGUCCAACGCCGCGCUGCUGCCCGGCUCGGCACUCGAUUUCUUUGUCGAUACGCCACUGGAGAACGGCAUCGAGGGUCACGUGUUCGGAGACACGACCGCCUACAUACAGCGGCAGCACGCCGACACCGUCAAGGGGAAGAAACCAGCUCUCGGACAGAAGAUUCGCGCGCGCCUUCUAUACGUGAUGCCGACGAGGAACACUCCGUUCCUGACCAUGAAGGAUAUCUUCGAGUCCACGUACCCUGACCUCGCCGCCGAGCAGACCCUCAAGGAUGGAGACAUCGUCGAUGAAGCGCAGGUCCUGAAGAUCACAGGGCGUUCGAUACACUUCCGUCUCGGGAACGGCUGCUACGGCACCAUGAGCCUGAAGCGGAUCCAGGUGGACGAGGACCUGACUGAUGAGGAGGUGGUCGCCAAGUCUUAUCCUAUUGGCAGCCGCCACAAGGUCCGCGUGUUGUGCUAUAACCUGUCGGACUGGGUGUACUCGGUGAGCGACGAGCCGGGCGUGCUGGCGGAGCAGGUGUUCAGCCGCGCGGGGCUGGCGCCGGGCCGCCUGCUGCCCGCCAGGGUCGCGCGCGUCGCGCCCACGCAUCUGCUGCUCAGCGUCGGACGGGUCACCGGUUACGUGUCGCAAGCGCACAUGACAGACACGGGAAUUGUCGAGCAAACUAAAAAGACAGUGUCCAAUCUGUCGAAGAAAUUCAAGGUGGGUCAGGAAGUCACAGCCCGUGUCCUGGUGUCGAACCCGCGCGCGCUGUUCCUGACGCUGAAGCCGGCGCUGCUGGACCCCGACCUGCCCCUGCUGUGCAGCUACAGCGACGCGGAGAUAGGGAAGGCAUACACCGGCGUCAUCAAGACGAUACGUGACUACGUGUUGGUGUCGUUCUUCAACGACGUGCUGGCGUACGUGUCACGUCAGUACGUCACGCGCGAGCCGCUUGAGGACCUGACGCAGGCCUUCCAUCAUGGACAGAUCGUAAAGUGCACGAUCUUGAAAGUGGACGUGGAAGCUAAGAAGAUGGUCGGCAGCCUCACAACGGCCCCAUUCUGGCCGAACGCGAAAUUAUCAAACAAAAAUAAGUCAAAACAAAAAGAUCACGUGGCCAACAAGAAACCCAAAACUAAAGAUGCUAAAGAAGAUAACGUCCAGGACAAAGACCAAGAGACAAAUACAGAAGAGUCCGGCGCAGAACUUGAGAACAGCAAGAAAAAUAAACGAAAAAAUAAAACAGUAGCCGAGGAACAAGAAGAACCAGCUAGCAAGAAGAAAAAGAAAAACAAACAAGUUACAGAAAAUACAGAAGAUGAAAAAGAUACACAAGAAGAAACACAGACAAAAGAUAAAAAGAAAAAGAAGGACAAACAAGUUAACCAAGAUUCAGGAAACGAAAAUGUUUCUACAGCAGAAGAAACUCAGGAAGACAAUCAAUCAAGAGACGAAGCGCAGUCAUCUGAGAGUGACGCCAUCAACACUGACGUCAUCCGAGCUCGCAUCGAGCGUCACGCCGAGCGGAACGCGGCCCUGCUGGACAACACUAACUGUAGUGAUGUGCCGAGCUGCAGGCGACGAGUGGCCAUGCUGGUGAAUGCCGUCAACGUCGCUAAACACCGCCUUAAGAAAAUCGACUAUAAAAUAAACCGGCUCCAAGUUCUGGGCCUAGACGCCACUAACAUACACCUCCAUACCGCCUUGUUCGCGGAAAAGGUUGUCUUACAAGAGAAAGUCAGCAAGUUUCUAGAUGCUCUGGCAGUUCUUCAGCAGAAACUGAAGGAACUGGAGCAUAAGAAAAAAAAGGAAAAAAAAGUUAACAGCGAUGAAGAUAAAACUGUUAAAACUAAGGCAAUUAAGAAGGAAGAUAAGAAAGUCGUUAAUGUUAAUGAAAAGUCGAAAGAUUCUGUAAAAGAUAGUAAGUUGGAGGUGAAGGUGGUGGAGAGUCUGGAGCCGGGGUUGGAGAUGCCCAGCGCUAAGGAGUUCUGGUCGGCGAGCGGCGGGGGCCUGCCCGCGGCAGAGGCCGCCGACACCAGCAGCAGCGACGACGAGGAAGAAAAUCAACCAAAAAAGAAGCGUAAAAAGCUAUCAGUAGCCGAGAAGGUGGCUAAAGCAAGAGAAGAGGAAGAGAGACUGCGGGAGUUGGAGCGCAGAGCGAUAGAGAGUGAGUCACAGCCGCGCUCCAGCGAGCAGUUCGAGCGCGCGCUGCUGGCCAGCCCCAACUGCAGCCAGCUGUGGAUCGCGUACAUGGCCUUCCAUCUGCAGGCGACAGAUAUUGAAAAGGCCCGCAACGUCGCCAGGAAGGCGCUCAGCACCAUUUCUUUCAAAGAGGAGCAGGAGAGGCUCAAUGUGUGGGUCACGCUCAUCAAUCUGGAGACCAGGUUUGGAACCAAAGAGUCCCAGCAGAAGACAUUGGAAGAAGCUCUUCAGAUGAACGACCCAUACACGAUCCACUGCAAGCUGCUGGACAUCUACGUGGAGUGCGGGAAGGCGCAGGAGCUGGCGGCGCUGGUGGAGCUGAUGCUGCGCAAGCAUCGGCGGCCCGGAGUGCAUGUGCGGGCCGGGGCCGCCUGCUACCGCCUGGGGCUGCUCGACAAGGCGCGACAGGUGAUGCAGAAAGCGAUCGCCGUCCUCGAUAAGAAAGAACACGUGGACACGCUGGUGCAGUUCGCGCUGCUGGAGCGGGACGCGGGGCAGCGCGAGCGCGCGGAGGCGCUGUUCGAGCAGCUGCUGGGCGUGUACCCGCGCCGCAGCGACGUGGCCGCCGCCUACAUGCAUCUGCUGCACAAGGCCGGCGACACAAACAGGCUGCGGCAAGUUAUGGAACGGCUGACGUCACAGCAGUUGCCAGCGCGAACCAUGAAGAUCCUGUACAAGAAGUGGUUGGAAGUGGAAGAGAGGAUCGGAGACCAGGCCCAGAUCGACAGCAUCCGGCAGCGCGCGCUGCAGUACGUCGAAAAGGCGAAGUUCUAACUGGAGAUACACAACGUGAACAGAAGCUCCCCAUCACCGAGUAACUUCAUACAAUUGUGAACGUGCAAUAAUAUUAACUGUAAUUGACAGAACGUGAUGUCAUUCCCAUGCUUAUAGUAACGUUUACACUUGUAGGAGUGACACUUCAAGAUACCAACCGUCUAUUCCAGGGUAGGCGAACCUUUAUGCAUCAACGUGCCACUUUUUCUAAAAAAAAAGUUUAAUGGGGUCAUUCGCGUGCCAUCAAAUAAUUUUGACUUUCUGAUUAUUUGGAAAAUAAUAAUUAUAAAUACUAUCAAAUUGAUCGUCUUAAAAUACCUAAUUCUGCGACGUGCCAUUGGCAAAAUAUUGACAAAAUAUAGUCUACCCUGGUCUAUUCCAUACUUUACUACCUUCAGGACUUCCAUAAGAGGUCAAAUUUUACUACAUACACUAAUGUAGAGUUUGUUAGUAAAUCCAUUUGUAAUCAUACACUUUUCGUCUGUAGCUGAUGAUAAUAAACAAAUUUCCUCUCUAAAUGUGAAAAUUAAACAUUUUGUAGACA